GUGUGUGUGUGUGUGUGUGUGUGUGUGUGUGUGUGUGUGUAAGGCCUAUAGGAGCAGAACAGCAGUAUGGCGAGGGUGGAGGAUGCCCGCUGUUAUGUCUGUCCCACCACCACCACCACCACCUCCACCACCACCUCCACCUCCACCUGCCCCUCCUCAUCCUCGUCUGUUAAAAAGGCCUGUCGAAUGCUGGCGUGGGCGGCGGUCCUCUUAGCAGCGUCAGCGACAGCCACAGGUACCCAAGAAUCUACAGAUAACCUCACACUCUUCGUCACGCUGCCCCCGCCCGCAGACGACCCCCAGGACACGACUGCGACGACCUCUACGACGACUACUACUACAGGUCGUCCGUUCUACACCACUACUAGCAGCUCUAACUUAGCCGCUCCUUCUUCCUCCUCCUCCUCCUUCAGUUCACGAGGAUUCAGUGGAGGAAGACCAGGAGGAGGAGGUGGUGGAGGAGGAGGAGGAAAGGAAGACAGAGCCGCUCUCCUCCUUCCUCCUAUGCAAGAUCUACAGGUGGAAUUCUUAGCGGACGACGUGAAGGCGGCGGCGCAUAUCCGUAGACUAUUGCGGACCACCUCUCACACCACCACCACCACCACCACUACCACCACUGCGCCGCCACCCUACCACCAUCACCACCACCACCACAAGGGGCCUCGGUCAGCCACAGAAGAGGUCACGGGGCGCAGUGCUACAGAGGGCCUCAUGUACCCUUUCCCGCGCCGCACGCCCCGCCCACGCCCUCUCGCGCCCAGUAUGCCACGCCCCUUCUCGUCUCCCGGUCUUGGUGGUGAUGGUGGUGGCGGUAGUGGGUCCAUUGACAAGGGCGGUUACUUCACGUCCUCCUCGCUCCAGGCCCGCCCUUGGGUUCUCCAGCGUCCUCCGCGGAAUCUGACGAGAGUGCUGGGCAUCGAGGCGGAGUGUCAGGAGGAGAGCAUGAAGAUCUUUGUCAAGUUCAACGGAUCCUUCUCGGGCCUCAUCUACUCCUCAGGCUACGCACACAACACGGACUGCGUAUACGUGAGCGGGUCGGGUCGCCCCUCCUACACCUUCAUCGUCCUGCACGACCGCUGCGGCACCGCCAGUGGGAACCAGGACGUGCCCGACGCCUUCACGCGGACGCCCUUGACAGUGACCCGCAACACCCUGACGGUCCAGUACAACCCGCUGAUCGAGGAGGUCUGGGACGAGCACUUCAAGGUCACCUGCGAGUACGAUUACGAGUUUCGCAAGACCGUGACCUUCCCCUUCAUGGACGUGACCGUCAAGACGGGCGACCUACGGGAGUUCACACUACGAGCCCCGGAGUGUAAAAUGGAAAUCCGUCAGGGUCUCAGCGCGGACGGCCCAAGGGUGGAUGGCCCCGUCCGCGUUGGUGACCCCUUGACCUUGGUAAUCUACAUGACCUCCCAGCACGAGAACUUCGAUAUGGUGGUGAGCGACUGCCACGCCCACAACGGAGGCAACAAACGCAUCGAACUUAUUGACUCCUUUGGCUGUCCCAUCGACGAGUCUCUGAUCACCGGGUUCCAGGGCUCGAGGCUGGGCCAGGCCGUCGCCCAAACCAGUGUGUUCGCCUACAUGAAGACCUUCCGCUUCACGGGCUCCCGGAUGCUGUACCUGCAGUGUGAUGUGACCAUGUGUCUUGGCAGCUGUCCCAAAACGGGACCUUGCCACUGGCGCCGGUACAGGAGACACACGCAGAAAGAAGAGGAAGAGCAGGAAAAGGACAAUGAGGAGGAGCAGGAACAGGAGCAGGAGAAGGAGGGGGAGAGGAAAGAGGAGGAGGAGAGUGAUUUGGACCCCGCCUCCUCUUCCGCCAACAUGUCUGAAAGUCUGAGAAUGACACUGGAGGUCGUUCGCGAUGAGCAGAUCUUCAACGCACGCAGUGACCUCGACAGCGGGAUGAUGUGUCUCAAGCAGGGCACCUUCUCGGCCUUGGCAGGUGUGGUGGCCAUAGUGGUCGGGGUCCUGACAGCCACAUGCGGGGUGCUGUGCCUUCGACUUCGGCGGGCGAGGAAGCAAGAGGACGGGACUUCGAUCACUCUAAGCACUCCAAAAACGACAUUCUCCCCAAGCCUAGAGUCCCACGUGGUUCCCCCUAUCAAGAGGAGGCUACCCUGAUGGUCUGCCUAGGUGGGGUUCCUCUGUGGGUGUGUCUGGGAAUGUGUUAGGGCGAGGAAAGGUCAGGGAGGAGAGAAAGGGAGUCAGAAUCUGCCGAAAGGUCCCUCGAGGCUCAGAGUUUCUUAAGUCCGUUUUCUCUGCCACUUUCGGUUCUCAGGCCCGUUUUCUCAGACGCUUUUGGCUCCCACUGUAACUAUUUCCAAAGGCCACAAGAGAGAUUAGUCGGGUUUUCGUGAGUGUUUUUUCACAUUCAUGGAGCAGAAGACUCGGUAAACUAUAUCUCUAAGCUCAUAAAUCUACCCAAGGAAAUAUAUACAGCCGCUACGAAGGCCUUAUCAAAUGUGGGUUUGUAAGCUCUGAAAUGUUUAAAUAUCUGUCUCUUGGAUUCAGGGUACAGAAGGGUCAAAUUACCACCAGGGCCAUUAAACUACCCCUGGAAAUGCCCAAAACUCCUGUGAAAGCCUUGUUAAAUGUGAGUCUCUUCGGUUCAGGGUACAGAAGAAGGGUCAAAUUACCACCAGGGCCAUUAAAUUACCCAUGGAAAUGCCCAAAACUCCCGUGAACGCCUUGUUAAAUGUGUGUCUCUUCGGUUCAGGGUACAGAAGAAGGGUCAAAUUACCACCAGGGCCAUUAAAUUACCCCUGGAAAUGCCCAAAACUCCUGUGAAAGCCUUGUUAAAUGUGUGUCUCUUCGGUUCAGGGUACAGAAGAAGGGUCAAAUUACCACCACCAGGGCCAUUAAGCUAUCCCUGGAAAUGCCCAAAACUCCUGUGAAAGCCUUGUUAAAUGUGUGUCUCUUCGGUUCAGGGUACAGAAGAAGGGUCAAAUUACCACCACUAGGGCCAUUAAACUAUACCUGGAAAUGCCCAAAACUCCUGUGAAAGCCUUGUUAAAUGUGUGUCUCUUCGGUUCAGGGUACAGAAGAAGGGUCAAAUUACCACCACCAGGGCCAUUAAACUAUCCCUGGAAAUCCCCAAAGCUCCCAUGAAAGCCUUGUUAAGAAUAUGCGCCUCAGUCUUACAGCACACAUUUCCACAGGCCACAAAGGGAGUAGUCGGGUUCUUAUGGGUAACUUAACACGUUCAUGGUCCAGAAGCCUCGUCAAACUAUCGCCAAGCUUAUGAAUGCUCAUGGAAAUAUACUAACACAACCACUACGAAAGCCUUAUCAAAUGUGAGUGUGUAAAGUCCGUAUUCUCAAAUGAGAGUUUUACGCCCCUAAAUGCUGGUAAAUAUAGGCAUGAUCGGCCUUUCUGACCUCAACACCCUUUUUCUUAAGUAUAGGGAAUCCAACACCCUUCAGGUAGUGUUAGAUUGCUCCCCACGCUCUUUAUGAUUCCGUUACCAAGUCCACGUUUUCAGCUGCACCGUAAAGUAUAGAGACAGAGAAGUUUGGAUUUAUUUCGCUUAUUCUGAUGUUUAUUCCGUUUAUUCUCCUUCACGUAUCCUCGAACUUGCAUUGGUUUUUCUUUUCUCUACUGAUAUUAUUGUUAUUAUUAGUAGUAUUGUUAGUGUCAUUGCUACAACCACUACUACUACUACUACAACUACUACUACCACUACUACUACUACUGCUACUGCUACUACUACUACUACUUUUUUUUUUACUACUACUACUACAACUACUACGGGCCUCCAUCCAUUAGAGUUGCGCGUUGUGAGCGGUAUCUUUUCUCUACUACUACUACUACUACUACUACUACUACUACUACUACUACUACUACUACUACUACUACUACUACUACUACUACUACUACUACUACUGCCGCACGUAUUUCUAUAUUAACUAUCUUAACAGUACCGAUCACUUUUUCUUUGCUAUAAUGGCAUGUACCGUACCCCUAAUUGUAUCUAUCUAUCUAUCUAUCUAUCUAUCUAUAUCCACUCUUCUCCGCCUAGUUAAGACAUGUUAUCGAAUACGUUUAGUUGUUAAGAGCGUCACCAUUG